AGUAUGGAGAAAAGUAUAAUUUCUUUGGACAACUUUUUUGGUAAUAUUUGACGAACCGUAGGGCGUGUAUGCACACUAUUUAAAACAUCGUUUUAAAAACGCAAACAAAAACAACUUGAAGCACUAGUAUGUACUGUUCUCUUUUUCCAGACCUAGAAGUGUUUUGUUUGUGUGUUUUCGUUCGCGCGCAAGGAUCUCGAGCUCUCCGCUCCUCCUGACUCUCUGACUCCUCCAGCAGCAGUUCACUGUGUGACCGCGGCUCGAGAGGAUGACGGCUCGAGUGUGCUGCGUGGGGAUUGUGCUUUUAUUGUGUCUGUCUGGAUGCUUGAGCACGACAGACGCGGCUUCAGGACCGAACUGCACAGUGAAGGGUCACUGUCCGGCGAAGCUGACGGUCGUGCCGUCCAGUCGGGGAUGUGUUUCUGAUAAAGACUGCUCUGGAGGACACAAAUGCUGUGUCUUUGACUGCGGGGCUGUGUGUGUGCCGCCUGCUUUCACAAAGCCAGGAGUGUGUCCACGCAGGAAAUUUGGAGCAGGAAUGUGUGCCGAGUUCUGUGUCAAUGACAGUGACUGUCCGAACGAUGAGGUAUGA